GUUAGAACAAUUAACCAGGGGAACAACAUGCCUCCAGAAGUGGUGGGUGCUCCAUCCCUGGAGACUUUUAAGAAGAGACUGGACAACCGUUUGUCUGAAAUGGUAUAGGGUUUCCUGCCUGCGCAGGGGGUUGGACUAGAUGACCACCAAGACCCUCCCAACUCAGUUGCUCUAGGUUCUUUGGAGGCAAGGAGGAUGAGGUGAGGUGCCGUUAACCUUGAGUGAGGAAAUUGGCGUUUGUGUCUGAAGAGAUAAUCAUGUUGUAAAAGGCAGGGUCAACCUGUUCUCCAUCAGUCCAAGAAACAGGAGGUCAAAUAACUGGUUGAAGUUACAAGAAGUGACAAUAUAGUAGACAUCACCUCUGUUCACAGGAGAUGGUUACCUUCCCUGGACUGGCACGCUUGAAUCCUGAUUCCUGCACACAGCAAGGGUAAGACUAGAUGACCUCAAUGCUCCUGUCCACUUUUCUUGAUUGUAAAUACGGCAACAGGUGGAGAUAUCAACAGAGGCCGUUUUUAGGCUUUAUUUCUUUAUUUUUAGACUUUAAGCACGGAAAGUUUCUUUUCUCCGUAAAAAUGGAGCACAUUUAUCAACUGCUGACUCCGAGUUCUGGAUCAUGGCCAGAUUGGAAAAAUUAAAAAAAAAUAAGAACUUUGAAAUCUUUCCCACUAUCUAAUCCAGAAAUCAUGCAAAAGGACAAAGAUGACAAGGCGUUUACCCAUCAAUCUGCAAGUCCAUGUCACGCUUGGUUGUGUUGCAAACCUCGGCAGUUAGAUCACCCUAUUUUCAUGGAAGGAUUUUUUUUUUUCUCCCGCUCUCUUCUAAACACCUCCCAACAUGCAUUUUCUGCUUGGGUCAUUUCAGCCAGUAUAUUUCUCCAGGGCAAAAAGUUUCCAAAUUCCACAGUGCCUGGAAAGGAGGACAGUAGUCCCCCCAGUUCCUUCCCUGCAGAAACAACUGUUGGAAGAAAACUGGCACAUUUGCAAGCAAACAGCUUUGGUUUUAUCUCCUUCCUGGAAGAUGAAUCGUUCUGAUAGACCAAUAAAACCAAUCUCUUAUCUCUUAAAAUUUCUUAUCUCCCAUCGCAGCUGGGGCCAAGGUUAUGACAAGGCUAUAAAGGCUGAGCUCCCUGGCAAUCAACCUUCAUCCUGACCGCUGACAGAAUGAAUCCUACUCACCUCCUGGUCCUGGCAGCAGUUUGUGUCUCCUUUUUGGCCGCCUCUGUUAUUCCUGUCCCGUCUCGCAACCUGUUACAGUUCGGCAACAUGAUCAAAUGCGCAAUCCCCGGCAGUAAGCCUUUGCUGGAUUACGCAAAGUACGGUUGCUAUUGUGGCUUCGGAGGCAGUGGGACACCUGUAGACAAACUGGACAGGUGCUGUCAGACCCAUGACCAGUGCUACUCUCAAGCCAAGAAGCAUCCUGCGUGCAGGUUCCUCCUGGACAAUCCGUACACCAAGACCUACUCCUACACCUGUUCUGGAGGCAUCCUCACCUGCAAAGACGACAAAGAUGAGUGCGCAGCCUUUAUUUGCAACUGCGACCGCUCGGCCGCCAUCUGCUUCGCCGGGGCCCCUUAUAACGAGGAGUACAAGAAAUUGGAUACCAGCAAGCAUUGCAAAUAAUGUUUGAAAGACUUCAACGCAAGGCCACUACUCAUGUGUGCACGCGGGAAUUCUCCGGGCGGGCCUCGCAUGGCUACCUGUGAAACAGAAAAGACAGACACUGCACCAGCACAAACAUUUUUAUUUAAAACAAUCAAACAAAAACAAAGGAAACAUUUCCUGAACAAUAAAGUGAGGCAUUGGUGUCCUUUUAGGUUUUCUGUUAUGUGUUCUUUAUUUAUGGGAACAAAAGCCCAGCGUGGAGGUCAUGACUUACACUUAGAAUCCUUUGCCAUAUAACUGUAUUUUUGCCCAGGGCCUCUCAACUUCAGACUUGCAGUGUGUUUGUGUGUGUGUGUGAGAGAGAGAGAGAAAGAACAGGGAAAACAGGUGCCCCUUCCUUUAACUAAAUUCCCCCUUUAAAGGCUGAAAAAAUUAGCUCCUUUCAUGUCGGGCGCUGGGAACUAAAAGAAUCCUGGUUAUGAAGUGCCCCAGUGAUGAUCACAGGACACGGUGAUGGUUUUAAACGCCAGAAUGAGUCACCAACCUUGUUUUUCAUGUCGUCGUAAAUUCCAGGGGUUGCUAAACAAGACAGCUGGUAAGCGAGGCCUAUCUGCAC